AUGAUCUCCAAGCCUCACAUUGUCAUCUUUCCCUUCAUGGCUCAAGGCCACACCAUUCCUCUACUUGAUCUUUCAAAGAAACUAAGCUCCCGAAGCCUUAAAAUAACCAUAAUAACAACCCCUUCAAACUCUUCCUCUAUUCGCUCAUACACUUCACAAUACUCAAACAUCCAUCUCAGAGAAAUCUCAUUCCCUCGUAUCCACGAACUUCCCCAUGGCUGCGAAAACACGUCUCAACUUCUGUCGCUCGAUCAGCUCCUUCUGUUCCUUCGUGCAACCAAAAAACUUCAAGCUCCUUUUGAAGAAACCCUUGAAGAUUUGUCCAAGCAUCAAGACCCACCCACCUGCGUCAUUUCCGAUUCAUUCUUGGGGUGGACAAACGAGUCUUGUCGCGCUUUUGGCGUCUCCCGACUGGUUUUUCAUGGGAUGGGUGCGUUUGCAAUGGCUGUCAAGAAAUCUUUAUCCAUUAACCAGAAUCACAAGUGCGUCAAGUCUGACACAGAACCAUUGGAUGUCAAAGGAGUGCGACUUCGGUUUGAGGUCAAAAAGAAAGAUUUGCCAAACUCACUGAGGCAGAUGGAUAGCUGCUUGUCGCAGUUUUUUGUGGAAGCUGAAAAAUCUGAUUUGGGAAGUUCGGGUGUAAUUGUAAACAGCUUCAGCGAGCUAGAAAAAGAUCAUAUUGCCUCAUUGGAGUCCUUGUAUGGGAAUGGGACAAGGGCAUGGUGUGUUGGUCCGCUGUUUCUACACGAUGAAAUGGAGGGAGAAAGAACCACCCAAAAUGGGCAGACAUCUUUAGGGAAAUGGGCCAGUUGGUUGAACCAGCAUGAACAAGAAAAUUCAGUGAUAUAUGUAGCUUUUGGGUCGCAGGCUGAUUUGUCUGAGAGCCAACUUGAUGAAUUGGCAUAUGGCUUGGAACUAUCUGAGAUGGAUUACAUCUGGGUUGUCCGAUCAAAGAGUAAUUGGGAGCCUCCAAGUGAUAUUGUUAGUGAAGGCAAGAAAGGGUUGAUUCUUAAAGAGUGGGUUGAGCAGAAAUGGGUCCUGGCCCAUCGAGCCGUAGGUGGGUUCUUGAGCCACUGUGGGUGGAACUCAGUGUUGGAGAGCUUGUCAAUGGGGGUUCCGAUUUUGGCAUGGCCCAUGCAAAAUGAGCAGCAUCUGAAUGCCAGAUUCUUGGUAGAGGAGAUCAAGGUAGGAGUGCAGGUUCCGACAGUGAGCCGCGAGGAAGGGAAGGUUGUGAGGCGUGAAGUGAUUUGUGAAGCGGUGAAAGAAUUAAUGGGAGGUGGGAGUGGAAAGAGAGCAAGAGAGAAAGCAAUUGAGUUGGGGAAAUGUGCAAAGAGAGCAGUCCAGGUGGGUGGGUCUUCUUACAAGUGCAUGGAUGAGCUAAUUCACCAAUUAAAUCAUUCGGAAUGA